AGAAUCACUCCCCCUGUUCCUCCUCCCCAAUUUCCCUCCCAACCAACCUUCCAAAUCUCUCUCCUUCCCCAUUCUUCCACAGAAUCACUCCCCUCUGUUCCUCCUCCCCAAUUUCCAAACCGACAGCCACCACCAACCUUCACACUCACCACCAACCUACCACACCGAAUUCUGAAAUCUGACUUUAGGAAAGACUCUAGGGAUCGAAAAGAUGAACAAGAAAGCCGCCACCAACCCCCAGAUCUAAGUCACUGCCGC